ACAAAUGGCAGCCUCCAUAGGGGACUCCGGCGGCGAUUGUUUACUUAAAUCACUUCUAAUCGCACUGAUUAUCGCUUCAGAUCCGUCGGGUCCAUCGUUCGCCGAUCCGGACAUUAGCGGCAAUCCGUGCCGACGUGAUAUUGUGCUUUCAUUGCCGUGACAGUGUACGGAAGAGGCGAUGAGUGAAGAGAGCGAUACGACGGCCGCCGAUGCUACGCUGUCUCCGAAACCCGCGGAAGACUGUGCGGCUGGCGAUGCCAGUCCCAGUGCCGUUGCCACGGUCGUGUCCGCCACAGACGAGAGAGCCGACGUGGACAUCGAUGUGGACGACGACGGCCGUGCGCGACACCAGAGGCCCAAGCGUCGCAGCCUCCCCACGACCACCUUCGGCUGUCCGGUGUGCGGCGUGACGCUCCGGCAGCAAGAGCUGCAGCAGCACUGGCAGGUGGAGGUGGACAGGCUGCAAGGAAUCGCCAGGAACGUGGCGAGAAGGUACCGGUCUGAAUCGACGUCAGCAGGCCGCUUCAGCUGGAUGAACCCUCGUCGGCGGUCCUUCGAGCGAGUGCGCUCCAACCGCGGCCAGAGGCGCCAAGGCACCCAGGUUUAUUGUCCCGUGUGCCAAAUCGCCCUCCGAGGUCCUCCCGAACUUCUCGCCGAGCACGUCAACGAAUGCCUAGCCAUGCAACAACCGGAGGACGACGACCUGACGGACGAGGACGUCGACGUUGACAGCGUGGGCGAGUCGUUCGACGAGUACGAGUGGGCCGGCCAGAGUCGCGUCAGGGCGACUUCGCUCCUGCAGGGAGGCUUCCGGGCCGCCGGCUGGAACACGGCGAGCACCAGCAGCGGCGUCGGCAGCAGUGGCGCCGCGACCGCCGCUGGCCGCGCGCCGAACGACGACGAAGACGUCGACCUGGAUGUGGACGGAGACGCCUAUGGCAGAGCGCAGUUUUCGGAGGCAGACCUCAUUCCCCUGGCGAGCAGCGAGCCCAGCGAAGAGCGUGAGAGAAGGCUACGGCAGGCUGUAGUCUCCUCUGCUGGCCCCGUCGACCGGUCGAAUGCCUCGCCGAGGCGGGAAGAAGAUUGCGUCAUCCCAAAAGAAGUAGCGCACGUCCGGGAAGACAAGCCUGCAUCACAUGGUGCCGAACUGGACCUCCCCGAGGGGGCGAUGUCUCAAGUGGUGCAGUCGCUACGGGAACGACUGCGAGAGCUGGAGAGUGAAAACCAAGCUGUGUCCAAGUGCCUCAUUUGCAUGGAUCCUUAUGAAAACCCUGUGGUGUCCAUCGUCUGUUGGCACGUUCACUGCCAAGAAUGCUGGCUCAAGACCUUGGGUGCAAAGAAGCUCUGCCCACAGUGCAAUUCAAUCACCAGCGCCAGCGACCUGCGAAGAAUCUACCUGUGAUAAAGAAUGUUUGUGGCUUAUUAACUUUUUCAUUCUACCUACGUCUGCCUGGCUUUUGAUGAGACUGUUGGCACCUUCUUGUUGAUGUUCGUUCAAGAAAAUGAUUGACUUGUGCAUUUGUGAGAAGGGGGAAUUUUUAUUCAAGAUGCUGGUGCCACUUUCUCGCUGUGUAAGGCACAACUCUGUGAAUAGAAAAAGCUUGAUUACUAGCGGUUUAAUUUUUAUUAUCCUUUUUUAAAACUUUUUAGCAGGAAAGAACUACUGUGUUUUCACUCAUGUUUAUGUAUGUAAAUACAUUGCGAGUAAGGGGAAAGAACAAACCCUGAUGCCACCGUUUUGGCAGUUAUACAAUUCAUGUUUGUAUUACGUCAUUUGUUGUAUCUUCAUCAUGUCUGUUGGGUCACUUAAUGAUAGUUUAAAGUGGCAGUGCUGUCUGAAGUGUGUGAAGAAAGCAGGGCUGUCAGAGUCAUCAUUGCAAACUUUGCUCCGAAUGACUAUUGUAUCUCGCACGUCGCAUUAAAAGCGUGAUAUCUGCAAAUGUCAAGUAGGUCUAUUGUCAAUUUCGUGAAGCUCUCGGGUACGAGGGAGUGUAAAUAAAAGUUCACGUAUAUAAA